AUGCGCCGAGAGCUGUUGGGUUUUGGCCAGUGGAGAGGACCGGUAGCUUCAGACUCCCCUGGCUCCCGUCCCCUCGCCGCAGGGGCAGGGCGCUUUCAGCGUGGCCCCUCUGAGCCUCGCCUCUCCUUGCCCAAAAAAGUGACCAUGCCAAAAGUCGUACCUUCAAGCCUGAACCUUGUGGAGAACGCCAGGUCCGUGGACCUGACCUGCCAAACCGUCAAUGAGAAUGUGAAUGUCCGGUGGUUCCUGAGUGGCCAGCCCCUCCUGCCCAGUGAGCACCUGCAGCUGUCAGCUGGCAACAGGACCCUGGUCAUCCAUGGCCUCCAGCGGAAUGACACGGGGCCCUAUGCCUGUGAGGUCUGGAACUGGGGCAGCCAGGCCUGGAGUGAGCCCCUUGAGCUUACCAUCAACUAUGGUCCUGACAAAGUGAACAUCACCAGGGAGUCGGCAUCAAAGAUGGUCAGCACCAUCGAGGCAGAGCUCAACUCCAGCCUGACCCUGCAGUGUUGGGCCGAGUCCAAGCCAGGCGCUGAGUAUCGCUGGACUCUUGAACACUCCACCGGGGAGCACCUGGGAGAGCAACUGAUCAUCAGGGCUCUGACCUGGGAACACAACGGGAUCUACAACUGCACAGCCUCCAACCCUCUCACCGGCCUGGCCCGCUCCGCUUCAGUCCUGGUCAAGGUGGUAGGUCCCCAGUCCUCCUCCCUGUCCUCAGGGGCCAUCGCUGGUAUUGUCAUCGGGAUCCUGGCUGUCAUUGCUGUGGCCUCAGAACUGGGCUAUUUUCUCUACAUCAGAAAUGCCAGACGGCCCUCAAGGAAAACAACAGAGGACCCCAGUCAUGAGACCUCACAACGCACUCCGAAGGAGGAGCACCCCACAGAGCCCAGUUCCGAAAGCCUGAGUCCUGAGUAUUGCAACAUAUCCCAGCUUCAGGGACGGAUCAGAGUCGAAAAGAUGCAACCACCAGACCUUCCAGAGGAGACCUAUGAGACAAAGCUGCCUUCAGCAAGCCCUGGAGGCAAUUCUUUCAGCCCCUGGAAGCCACCACCCAAACCUCUGAUGCCCCCACUCAGAUUGCUCUCCACUGUGCCAAAAAACACGGAGUCAAUCUAUGAGGAGCUUGUGAAUCCAGAGCCCGACACUUACGUCCAAAUCAACUCCUCGGUUUAA